CUGGCCCUCUUGCCCACACUUCACAACUCAAAUCAUCUUUAACUGUGUAGCUGUGUGCACACACAAUGAUUCUUUACAACCCCAUCAUUGCCCUCAAGCAUAUACUACAUUGUAGAGCUGAAGCCAAGCCUGUGAAACAUGCGAGAGCCUCAUCAAACUCAGAUUCCUCAGACACCACUAAUCUGCAAGACUCGAAGCAAAAGGCAACUGCUGUGGCAUUGUCAAAAGUGGGUCCGGGCUGCAGCAAGUUUUGCUGGUGUGGAAGAAGAGGCUUUGUAGGAGCAGCUUUGUUGCCUAUACUUCUAGACCAGCCUUCAUAUGCAGCUCUGGAUUCUUACACACCUGCUGAUCCCAUGAACAUGCUGAACAGAAUUCACCCUCCAAGACCAGAUUGGUACGAGGAGUUUUAUGCAUCAACUAUGAAUUCGACUAUGAAAUCAUAUGAAGCAGAGAUUGCAGGUUACAAGUCACAGAUUUUCGCUAAAUUGAGAGAAAAUUCUAACAAAAUUUUGGAGCUCGGGAUUGGGACAGGUCCUAAUCUUAAAUACUAUGCUAGUAAUGGUGUCGAUGUAGUUGGAGUUGAUCCGAAUCAAAAGAUGGAGAAGUAUGCAAGGGCGGCAGCAGCGUCCACUGGUCUGCCUUCGGAGAAGUUCAAAUUUAUCCGAGCAUUUACUCAGGUUGGAGAGGCGCUGCCAAUAGAAGAUGCUUCGAUUGAUGCAGUUGUUGGAACCCUUGUGCUAUGUUCAGUAAAAGAUGUCGAUACCACACUGCAAGAGGUAAGAAGGGUUCUCAAACCAGGCGGGCUUUACCUAUUUGUAGAACACGUUGCAGCGAAAGAUGGUACGAUUCUGAAAUUUGUCCAGGGUGUUAUGGAUCCUCUGCAGCAAACAGUUGCUGAUGGCUGUCACCUCAGUAGAAACACAGGGGCAAGUAUAGCUGCAGCAGGAUUCUCGAGUGUCAAUAUGAACAUGGUUUUUCUGCCAGCUCUUUCUCUCAUAGGCCCUCAUGUAUAUGGAACAGCUCGCAAGUAGAACCCUACCUGAUGUAAUUUUUUCUCAUUGAUGUGAAAUGAUAUAGAUUGUAGUAAUGCAGCACUUUCAUGUUGUGUAGUUGUCACUUGUCUGGACUAUAGAGUGUAUUUGGAUUUGUAAGUUGUUUUUUAUCUGUGAAAAUGGUCUGCAGUAUCCUUGAUCAUAAAAUAAAUUUGUGAUUCAGCUUUC